UGUCAUAUGACAGCUGUGUGUUUUGUCAUGUGACCUUAACAUGGCUCACUCCACUCCGUUUCCCUGUCUCGCAGCGCCUCAGCUCUAAACUGCAAACUCUUCAUUUCUCUCCGAAACGCUUCUCCGCGUUUGCAACGCGUGACUCCAUGGCUCUGAAGUUACACUCGGGCUAGUGUUUUGUCCAGUUUUACUGCUCCACAGGCUUUGUACAGGACAUGCCUGUCAGACAGUGGUAGACUCCCAGCUCCAGCAGCUACCCGGCAGGCCUCUCUGUUCACCGUGUGAGCAUCAGUCCUCACGCCGCGGUUGGGUGGGUCCUCCUCGGUCACAUAGGCAGCAUGGCCCUGGUGCACAGCUAGCCUCUGGUCCUAAGAGCUACAUACAGGGAUAUAUCAUACCUGGGCUGAACUGUUUACGCUUGGAUGUCACUGCUAACGAAGUUUGACUGUCAGAAUGAACGGCCCUCAGCAGAGUGAUACAAAGAGGCAGCACCUCCUGGAGAGGCUGCUGGAUGCUGUCAAACAGUGCCAAAUCCGCUUUGGAGGAAGAAAAGAGAUUGCCACAGACUCAGACAGCAGGGUCAUCUGUCUGUGCGCUCAGUUUGAAGCGGUGCUGCAGCAUGGUUUGAGGAAGAGCCGAGGCCUGGCCCUCACAGCUGCUGCUCUAAAGCAGGCUGCAGGCUUCAGCAGCAAGACUGAAGCAGAGUUGACUUUCUGGUUCUACGUGAAGGAGCAUCUGAACCGUCAUGAGCUCCAGCGUUUCUACUCCCUUCGUCAGAUCUCCUCAGAGCUGGGCCGGGGUCGUGCCUGGCUGCGCUGCGCCCUCAAUGAGCACUCACUGGAGCGCUACCUGCACACACUGCUGGCUGACCGCCCCCGCCUGGGAACUUACUAUGAAGACUGGUCUUUUAUUCUGGAUGAAGAGAGAGCUAGCAUGCUCCCCACCAUGGCAGCGGGUCUGAACUCGAUCCUGUUCGCCAUAAACAUCGACAACAGCGACCUGAACGGUGGGGUGACACGAGGAGGGGGCACCUCGGUAUCUCACCUCCUAAAGGAGUCCACACAGGGCAUCGGCAGCCUGUGGAAGGAGUCCACUCAGGGGGUCAGCAGCCUGCUGAGGGAGAUCAGCACCGCCACAGCAGUGGUGCCAGGCUUCAACCCCAGAGUGGACGGAGCCUCAGACCCUCUACCUGUCGUGCCACGCAGCACCUCUGCUGACUCUGGGCUGAGGAAAGAGCGCCGGAGGAAAAAGAAAAUCACCAACAUCAUAUCCUUUGAUGACGACUUGGACGGAGGGGCGGAGGAUGAGGAGGAGGGAGAGGAGGACUCCCAGAAGGUCGCUGCCAUGAGAAAAAGCCACACUGCCCCCGCCCAGAGCAGUGUGGAGGAAGGAAUAGACCCUCUGGAGCCGAACUUCUCUGAGUCACCAGCCCAGAACGGCCUGGAUGAGCCAGGCAUCGUCAGCUGGGUGGGGUCCCCUCAUCCAUGCCGUACUCCUCCUCCUACCACACCUCCUCUGCCGGACAGUAAGAGUAUAGACAACGAUGAGGAAGAGGAGGAGGAGGACAUGUACAAGCCUAAAGCACAAGUACGGGAAGAGGAGAGGAGCAGCUCUGAUCAGAUGGUGGUCGGCAGCCUACCCACAGUGUCCACAUGGAGCCCUCUCCAGGGGAUGAAGGUCCACAGCAGCUCGGACAUCCUGAUUCCUCUGAACCCAUCUGACCCUCAGCCAGUGAGCUCGGUGGAGGACACCGCUGUGUUUCCCGCUCAGUGUGAGACAACAGGGCCCACGGGAAACUGUGAGGGUAGCAGAUCGAUGCUGACGUUCAAUAUGGAGUCCAGUCCAACGACGCAGUCUGCUCCACUCUCCAGUUCUCUGCCAACAUCUGGUCUGCCUGAGUCCAUGACAGUGGUGGAGCUGCGUCAGGCCAUCGUGGCCAUGAUGAACCGGAAGGACGAGCUGGAGGAACAAAACACGUCCCUCCGCAGCCUGCUGGAUGGAGAGAUGGAGCACUCUGCAGGCCUCAGGCAGGAAACGGAUCAGCUGAAGAAGAAGCUGGCAGAGCUGGAGGAGAGACACACAGCCAAGGUCCAGGCGCUGGCCAGGGAAAAUGAGGUCCUGAAGGUCCAGUUGAAGAAGUAUGUGGGGGCGGUGCAGAUGCUGAAGAGAGAGGGGAGCCAAGGCAAUGACGCUCUAUCAGUGUUGCAUUCGAGUGAAGAGCAGGCCCCUGUCCCACAGAAUAAGUCCAUGGAAGACAUCGAGGAGCUGGCUGCCAGCUAUGAACGCAAACUCAUAGAGGUGGCUGAGAUGCACGGUGAGCUGAUAGAGUUUAAUGAGCGCCUGUACCGUUCCCUCAUGGCCAAAGACCACCUCAUCGUCCAGAUGCGACAGGAACUCAUUGACCUGAGAGGACCGGUUCCCGGUGAUUUAAGCCAGACAUCCGAUGACCCCAGCCUGUCAGACUUUGAGACGGCUCACCGUGCUCUCAUCAACGUGUGGAUCCCCUCUGUGUUCCUGCAGGGCCGAGCUGCCAACGCCUACCAUGUCUAUCAGGUGUACAUCCGCAUCCUGGACAACGAGUGGAAUGUGUACAGGCGUUACACCGAGUUCAGGGAGCUCCACAAUCACCUGAGAAUCCACUUUCCACAGGUGGACACCUUCAACUUCCCACCCAAGAAAGCCAUAGGGAACAAGGAUGCCAAGUUCGUAGAGGAAAGGAGGAAGCAGCUGCAGGGCUACCUUCGCAUGGUGAUGAACAAAGUGAUCCAGACACUGCCGGAGUUCACAGCCCGCCCCACGAAGGAGACCCUGCUGUCUCUGCUGCCUUUCUGUCUAGACACUCCUCAGGCCAACGAUGGUGGAGCCAAGACGCCUCGCUCCAAAACUUCAUCUCGCUUCCCCAGGCUGGGCCGCAGCCGCAACCAGGAGGCCAGGCCUGAACCUCAAAGUGGAGACCUUUAACCCUGAGAGCCUUUGAACUAAUUAUUGCUCAAAAUGUAGGGCGAGAACUACGAUGUUCCUGUGUCCAAACCUGGACUGUGACACGCGGUAUCACAAAGUGUAAGGAGAUGAAGGGGGAAUAACAGACCUUCAAAGCCUUACAGAUGGGAAAAAAAAAAACUUCAAUUGAGGAAGGGAGAUGGAUGCGUUGACAUCACAGACAUCUCUUGGAGAUAUGUAAAUGUUUCCAGGCUGAGUAAAGGACAACUGAUUCUCCCGAGGCUGCCUAACAAUGAACCCAAUCAUACAGCACCUCUUACCUCACUGAGAGACAAAAAGACUCUCUGUUCACUGCACAUCAACUAGGCCUAAGUCUAUUAUCUUCAACACAAUGACAUGACAAGGACAUUUGUUGUUUUUUCUUUUCUUACUCUGCUCAGUUUUUUUUAGUGAAAGUGUAUAUUGGUCACAGUGCCUACAGUGUUUUGUAGCUGCUUUCCUGCUCCAGGUAAGGAGGGGGUGAAGAGGAGGGUGGAUCAAAGCAUUCUCUUGGGGAAUUAGCGUUGUUUCUCAGCUAAUAUGUCAACAUUAUGGUGCCAUUACAUUUAAGAUGACAAUAAUGUACAAUCUCUGGUGUGGACCAACAGACAAUGAGCAUUCCUCUGUUCUUCUUAUUGUUAUUAUCAUGGCUCUUACAGAUAAUCUGCAGAAAGCAUGUCAUACAUCUUUGUCACCAGGGAUGCAAAAUCUUUUCAAAUCUCCAUAAUGAUAAUAAUACAGAAAUGGAGAAAAUAUGAGCUGAUAAAACCAAAAUGUUUUAGGGACUGUGUGAAAAGUAUUUCACUCUUUGAUUAAGGAUAUCCACAGGGAUUUGAUUUCCUCUUAAAAUUGACAAUAGGCAAAUAAAGAAUCCUGUUUUAAAAUAGUGACAGGAAAAACUAAAAUACAAAUAAAAAUAAUCUUUUAAAAGCCUGUUUAAAAAGGGCCAAUGUUCCCCCAUUUUGUAUCCUGAAAUGAUUUUUCUACAGUCCCUUAUUGACAACAUCAAAUGUAUUUCCUCAAAUCCACAUGCUUAGAUUAAUAGAUUUUUUUCAUAAUCAUUUUGGACCAGAAAGGAAGGGCAACACUGCUUUCACCAUUUAAUAGACGUUUAAGCUGUGUUCUGGUUAAUUUACCCUCAGCAGUAUGACAUAAAUAAUGGUCUUCAUCAAAGGUUGGUCAGCCAUGAUGCUAGAAUUAAAUACCUAAAGAUUGUUUAACUAAUGUGUCUUAACAUGAUUUCUUGCAGCGUUAUGUUGCAGAUGAAUGUUUUAAUGAUGACUAAACACUUGAAGAAAAAGCUGCUUGUUCGAGUGUAAGGAGCGGGCUGCGGAGCAUCAAGUGUGUGUAAAACAGAAGCUCAUACAUAUGUAUGGCUCACCCAAGAGUAGACACAGACGGCGUUCAAACGAGGAGUGAUUGUGUCGGAAGGCUUUUCGGAAAACUUGAAUCAAAGGGUUGGCUCUCAAAAUGGUAAACACUGUUCUAGCUCCAUGUUGGGGGGUAGGGGAAGGGGGGGAUCAAACACGCUUUGUUGGUUUUAAUUAAGCUGCUUUUCUUACAGGAAAGUGACCCUCGCAGGUAUCCAACUACUGCUAAGUGCUGCGGGGUGUUCCUUACAGGGAUGCUGUCAAAGGUUUUCUUACCAGACUUCCCUUAAGCCUUUAACAGAGAGGUGUCGGUCUGUGGUGAAUAAGUGGUGAGCUGGCUGACAAACAUCAGUAUGAAGAGAAUAUCUUAUCUAGCAUCAACAAUUUUGGGAGAAAUUAGUUCAAACAUGAACAUUAUUUUUUUCUGCAAUCACUCCUGUCAAAAACAUGCAAUGUAACUUAAACAUGAAUUUCUGUCACUCCUUUUAUGAACUCCUACUCUUUGCUCAAACACAUUAAUACAGUGGAUUUUGUGAUAUUUAAAGUGUAGCACUGCCUUGUAUGCAUUUUAAAAACUCAGCCCACAGUACCUGACUGUGUCCUGUAUCGCUCUAUAACAGAACUGACACAGUCUGUUUAUCAUGACAAGCAGCCUUUUCAUAUUAAAAUGACUUUUACAGUAAAUCUUAGGGUUGGUGUUUCUCUCUAGAACAAAUGGGAGGGUCUAACUUAUCUGCACAAAUAUCCAUUUUGUACUCAUGUUAGUACAGUUAUUAUGCACAGUUGAGAUUUCUGACAACUAGUUGCACCAUGGAGCAAAUGUCUUCAUGCUUUGGUCACCACUUUCAUUGUUAAGUAGACAGUUAACAUUUGGUGGUGCAAAUUAGUGUUGCAGUGGGUAAACAAAGGAAGGUGGGAAGAAGGCUGCUAGUUACUUAACAUGGAUGUAAACAAUGCAGCAUUUAUAAUAUUCCAUUCAAUAAACUUUGCAGAUGUUUUGAAAGAACGAAAACGCAUUCACCAUGUUUUGUAAACUACAGUAUGUUUUGGUGAUUAAUGCUGAAUAUCAAUUGAACUUUUUCUUAUGUAAAGAAAUCUAGGGCCUGUGUCCAUUGAAGGCUUUUUUUGUAAUUCCAAACAAAACCAAUGCAGUUCAGCAUCCUCAGCUCAAAAACGUCUUCAGUGUAAGCUGAUUUUGUUUUUGUUUUUAAGUAAUAUUUUGGACCUUUUAUGCCUUUAUUAAGAGAGGUUAGGACAGUGGAUAAAGCAGGAAACCUGGAGAAAGGGUCUGCAGGUGGACUUUACGCCAGGCCGCCCACUUGAGAAGUAUUGCCUCUGUACAUGGGGUGAUCUACUUCACAGCUAAGCCAAACUGGCACCCUGCUGUCUGCUUUUAUUGCUGCUGCACUCACGCACUCUUAGUUGAAAAUAGUUCACCUCUAAGAAAAAACCCUCUUGAUGUCACUAUCACAGACCAAUCAAAUCCAAGACGGGAUAGGAUCUCAGUAUUGCCUUUGCAGUCAACAAAAUUAUUUUCUUUGUAAAAUGCCAUUGAAUGAAAGCUAAUGUGAAGCAAACAGAGCAUUUUAAAACAGACUCAGUGUUCACAACUAAGGGAAGUGGAAAUGUUAUUGGGCGACUUUGUAACCAAGUAACAGUAAGCGCCUGUGAGGAGCGCUCUGGCCAUGGAUGUUGCUAGCACUAGCACCAAAAAAGCAUUAGUGGACACAGGCCCUUAACUUCUGAGCCUUCUACUUCCAGCUAAGUGAAGAAGGUUCUGAUCUGCUCCCUUGCUGUUAUCAAGCACUUCUGUAAAUCCAGUUGGAACCAGAAUUGUUUUACUUUGAGUCAAAAUGAUGUUUCUUUUUAGGAUGAAGCUCCAAACAGCUCAGGUUUUGUCAAGAAUACACAAGUAAAUCCAAUCAAUUGUUAAAACAAGACAAGAAGAGGCCAGUGCUGUACUAGCAUGGUUACUUCCUGAUAGACAUGCAGGUUCACGUCUCUGUUUUGAGGUGUAUAUGUUUUCAUGGUUUGUUCACAAACAUCACUUUUCUUUUAAAUGGCUCCACUUCCUUCUCUCAGAACCCUCAAAACGCUGCAUGAAAUCAUUUUUUCAGUACGUUUAGGCUGGGAGUCAAAGUGAUGACAAGCAAAGGAGGUGGCUUUAGUUUUCUGAGACACAGCCAAAGUGUUCUCUUGCAGUGUGCCAUGUCUGUAUCAGCGUACUUUUCUGUUCUUGCCUUAGUCAGCAGUCAGGUUUUAUCUAUCAGUGUCAAAGCAGAGAAGGGUUCAACAAUAAAGUAUGGUGUGUACAGUACAAAAGUAA